UGCCGUUCCAUCUGACAUCAACGGCAUACUCACGUUACUCCAGGACUGCAGAGUCACUAGGAGCUGUGUGUGGAAGCUAAGCUAACAAGCUGAGCAAACUUGGCGCCCUUGCAAGCAGAAGCAGUUUUCACGGGGUCAAAAUUGUGAGAAGAAAAGGAGGAGAGAAUUAAAGUUGCACCAGUGGAAGCUCUCUGCAUCUUGUGUCAUGACUCCACGUGGGCCGCUACACUUUAUAUUAGAACAACAUGGCAACAUGAAUGUCACAUAACAAGAAAAUAGAGAAAAAAGAAGAUUAUCGAUUACGAUGUUUCCACAGACUACAAAGGGGGACACGCGCAAUUUUUUAGGACAUACGCAGAUCCCAAAUACAGAUCAGCAGGUACCAGAAGUGGACAACAAAUGGGAAAAGGAGGCAACUUUUCCAAAGCAGCAUGAAGGAGGCAGGCGGGGCUCUGAGCUGACUUAAAACAUCUCUCUGCUCUCCUGCUCCUCUUUCCUACUUGGAAACAUCUUCUCAUCCACUUAUCGGAGAGAACCUUUGGCACAUGAUGGACGAGGACUUUGAGCGCCGCAUGGAGCUGAGAAGGCAGAGGAGGGAGCAGAUGCGCCUGGACUCUGAGAAGAUGGCGUACACCAACGAGGAUGACGAAGAGGCCGCCCGGGAUCAAAGGCGACGUGCCAGGGAGGAGAGGAAGAAGAUGAGAGAAGUGGAAGAUUCCGGAAGCAGCGAAGUGCUGGACAACAACAACAUCAACAUGGCCGACGACGACCAGGCUCUGCUGGAGCGCCUGGCCAAGAGGGAGGAGCGCCGGCAGAAGAGGGUGCAGGAGGCCAUCGAGAGACAGAAGGAGUUGGACCCCGACUUUGCUGCCGCCAACGGCAUGGACCACUCGGUGCAGGAGGAGCGGGAGACCUCGGUCCAGGAGCAGCGGGAGACCUCGGUCCAGGUGGAGCAUGGGGUGGAGAGGGAGACCUCGGUCCAAGAGGAGAGGGAGACCUUGGUCCAGGAGGGCGUGUCUGAAACCAACUCUUGGAAUGCGGUAGAAGACUCAAAGAAUGAAGAAGUGAAGGACCGCAGCCAGGAGGACGAGGAGGAGGAGGCUGUUCCUCACAAGGAGGAAGAGGAGCGACAGCGGAGAGAAAUGGAAGAAAAGCAGAGGAUGGAGGAGGAAGAGAGGCGACAAAAAGAGGAGGAUAGGAAGAAGAGAGAGGAUGAUGAAAAACAACAAAAGGAAAGGUUGAAGGAAGAAAGGCUGCAAAGGGAAAUGGAAGACAGGAGGAGAGAAAAGGAAGAAGAAGAAGAGAAGCAGGCGAUGGAGGAGAGACGCAGGAAAGAGGAAGAAGAACGGAAGAAGGAGGUGGUGGAGAGACUCAGAACAGAAGAGGCAGAAAAAAGAAAAAGAGAGUUGGAAGCAAAUAAGAGAAAAGAGGAGGAAAAGCAUCAGAAAGAAUUGGAGAAGAAGAAAAAGGAAGAGGAAGAAAAGCAUCAGAAAGAAUUGGAAAAGAAGAAGAAAAAGGAGGAGGAGGAAAAGCAGAAGAGAGAGCUGGAGGAGAAGAAGAAAAAGGAGGAGGAUGAAAGGCGCAAACAAAGCGGGAUGGAGGACAAGAAGAAGAAAGAUGAGGAGGAGAAGAAGAAGAGAUCGGCCCUGAAAGAAAAGAAGGAGGCGGCCCUCGCUGAGAACAAAGUGAAGAAAGCAGAGCAGCCAUCAAGGGACGACGGCGAGUCGCAAGAGCGCGAGCGGCUGGAGGCCGAGCGCAAGCUGCAGGAGCUGAAGCGGCAGAGAAACCACGCCGAGAGCGAGGAGAUGGAGAAGAUGAAGCAGAAGCAGCAGCAAGCCGAGGUCGAGCUGGAGGAGCUGAAGAGGAAGCGGGAGGAGAGGAGGAAGGUCCUGGAGGAGGAUGAGCGGCGGAGGAAGCAAGACCUGGAAGACAAGAAGAGUCGAGAACAGGAGGAGAGGAAGAGGAUGAGGGAGGAGAUCGAGAAGAGGAGGGCGGAGGCUGCGGAGAAGAAGAAGCAGCUGGAGCAGGAACCCGUCAAGCCCUCCUUCUCCAUCAGCCCUAAAGGCUCGUCCAAGAUCGGGGAGAAGGCGGAAUUCUUGAGCAAAUCGGCUCAGAAGAGCGUCAGAUCCUCACACUCCCCAGUGGUCUCCAAGAUCGGCGGCAGAAUCGAACAAUACGCAUCCGCCAUCCAGGGACACAAGGAGGUCAAAUCCCCCCGCCCCCUCAUGGCCGACAUCCCCUCAGGGGGCACGCGCAACAUCAAGAGCAUGUGGGAGAGCGCCAACAUCUCCCAGGUGUCUGCUGACAAGGACCCGCUGUCCGCUCAAAGAGGGCCGGUCAGUGGCGCCAGCACUAAGACCGCCAAGCCCGUGGAGGCCCAGAAGGCACCGGUUGCCAUGCCGACAACAACAAAGUCUGCGGAAGUGAAUAAACAAAGGGACGUUGGCAACAAGCGUAACAUGUGGGAAACCAAGAAGAGCUCCACACCUGCCAAGGUGUCAGUUGGACUGAAGAGCAAGUUUGGCAACUGAAACCUGGCCAGCUCCGUGAGGUCACAUGACCAGGAUGAAGACGUCCAGCAGGCUUCAGAUCUUCACCUCGCAUGUUUUAAAGGCCAAUUGGAGCUGAAAUGUCCCACUUUUGUGUUAGCUUUUCUGCUUUUAUGGCCGCACACUCGGUGAUUUAAUAAUAAUAAUGUUGCAGGUCCCAGGUAGGCAGGACAAGCAGUCAGAUAAUAAUGUCCUGUUAAACAGGAGGAAAAAGCACACACACACGUCUCAAUUGUUCACAGACUGCUCGCUCUCAUCAGAACUUAUUAACAGAAAUUACAAAUCCACAAAUCACUUAAUUUCCCACAUCUUUUGUCACUUUGUAUUAUCAAGUCAAUGUAUUUUACUUUAUCUUCACCUCUAUUUUCAGCAAAACACUCAAUAAACUAUCAUUAAACUGUUA